AUGGGACAAGGGAACAUGAACCAGAGCCUGGAGCCUCUGCUCUCAGUCUCACUUCCUGCCACCUGCUCACUUCUCGGGGACAGGUUCUUGGCCACGUCCUCCUCAGCAAAUGCUCGCCCUUCUCCAGGCCCCACUCGGCCCCACUCGGCCUCCCCCUUCCAUCCCAUCCAUGAGACCGACAGCUGCUACCCUCUGCUCCUGGAGGGGGCCUGCGUGCGGGUGCAGGGAGGCCCCAUGACUCUGCCACCCCCAGGCGCCAUGACUCUGCCACCCCCAGGCGCCAUGACUCUGCCACCCCCAGGCGCCAUGACUCUGCCACCCCCAGGCACCAUGACUCUAUCACCGCUAGGUACCAUGACUCUUAACACCCCCAGGCACUAUGACUCUGCCACCCCCAGAUGUCAUGACUCUGCUUCUCCCAGCCCCAUGACUCUGCCACCCCCAGGCGCCAUGACUCUGCCACCCCCAGGCGCCAUGACUCUGCCACCCCCAGGCGCCAUGACUCUGCCACCCCCAGGCGCCAUGACUUUAUCACCCCUAGGUACCAUGACUCUGCCACCCCAGGCGCCAUGA